AUGAAUACUAGGGCGGGCCAGGUUAUUCUGCUGUUGCUAUGUCUAAUCCUCGCAAUCAUACUGCUUAUCAUGUCAUCCAAGUAUGCUGCCUGGGCACGGGCGAUGACCAAGGCUUCAGGAAGCUGGCUAACACUAUGCUUUUAUGUUGGCUCGGUUCCGUUUCUGUCGCUGUUAUAUACAGCUAUGCAUCUCGCAGCACUACAAUUUAACGGGCUUCCCAUCCCCCCAUAUGGACCAACUCGAACAUCAGCAGUCGCUCCCAACCCUCGUAACCGACAGAGCACAGUCAAAGUUUACGAUCCCGAGUAUACCUCCACCACAACCUUCUUCAUCCUCGGUGUUUCAAUUCUUCAUUUUCUCGCUUGGUUUGCCCAGGCUAUCCUCUGCACAUCUUGUGAGCUUGGACCCAUCCUUUCAGGCAAUCAAGGUCGUGUACCUGGAUGGUGCCCUCAGUCUCGAUUUCAGGAUCAGGGCAACCCAAGCGUCGCAGACAUGCUGGGCACUCUAGCGACAGUCAAGGACUUCCUUCAAUGGGGUAUGGUGGCCCUCACGGCUGCAUUGAUCGAAGUUGCACGACGUGAAUAUAUGCGUGCUGAGCGCGCUCGUUCUGAGGCUCUACAAAGGCAGGGCGCUGGUGUAGAUUUCGGCGGAGAGAGACGC